ACACCGCCGGAUGUUUACAAAUUGAAUUUCCGGUUUUAAUGAAACUGGAGUUCAAUCAGAAUUUUUGGUAAUUAAAGACAAUACAUAGCUAUUUUCCACAACUGGAAUAUAGUGCUAAAAAGACCAGCCAUGUCUCAGUCAAAAGGGCAGAUUUGUUUGAAGAACUUCUUCAUAUUUAACCCAACCUAUGGACCAAGAGAGGGAGAGGAGGACAAGAAGAUUAUGUUUUAUUUUCCUAAGAACACGGACAUAGACACGCAAAUCAAACAUAUUGGUCUUUGUGAAGCUAUAAUCACAUUUACACAAACAUUCUCAGAUAAGCCAUGUGAGAGUUUACAUACACAGAAAACCAGACAGAUUUUCUUCCAGCCAGAGAAAGACUUCUGGAUGAUUAUGACAGUUGGUGUGCCAUUUAGUGAGAAGACGAAAGAUGGUCAAGUAUAUCUGGAGUACCAUGAAGAAGAUGUUCAAGAUCCUGUCAUGGAGUCAGUAAUCAGACAGGCAUAUAGAAUGUUUACUUUGUUCAAUGGUUCCAUCUACUACCUUCUAGAAAAAGUUAAUGGCCAGACAAGUUCCUUACAGCAAAGGCUAGACCAUUUCUUCUCUAGGUAUUUACUAACUCUUCGUCUAGGACAGAGUGAUUUAUUAGAUGUAUUUAGUGGGAUAUCAUUUCUACCAUUGGAUAAGAACACCUAUCUGAAAGUACAGUGUUUUAUCAACAGUCUGGAGUCAACAUUCCCAGGGGUGAAAUAUACAGCAUUCCUUUAUAACGACCAGCUGGUCUGGUCAGGUUUAGAGCAAGAUGAUAUGAGAAUUAUGUACAAGUACCUCACCACAAGUUUGUUCCCAGCCUAUCUGGAGCAAGAACUUCAGUCCAGCGGCCAGCAACACUCUUCAACAUUAAUCAGCAGAAACAUGUCCAUGCCAAGCUUAGGAAAUGUACAUUUUGGCAAAUUUAUAACAGGUCCACCAAAUGUUAAUGAUGAGAAGAACAUGGGAAAGAUUCCACGGCUGUAUAUAAAUACAGAACACGAAAAUGAAGAGUGCUUUCUUAUAGUGUAUAGAGCUCUCAGUGCCAGUGUAUGUUUGCUCCUUAACUCUAGUACUGUAGUGAACAUAGAUCUAUGUAAGAAGUUAGACAGCUUUCUCGGUCAGCAGUUAUCAAAUCUGGCUUCCGAGAUAGGGGAACAAUAUUCAUCAAAGAAACAACAGCCAAUUUCCGAACCAAUAUUCAAGUACAUCUAUUUCAACCAUAUGAACCUUGCUCAGAAGACGACAGUACAUGUAGACAGCAGAAAAAAUUUGGGAGUGUUUAUCAGUCAGGACACUCUCAAACUGCUGUGUGAUAUCAGUUCCGACCUACAGAGAAAUCACCAAGAUGGGGAAACAUUUGUUAAAACAAUGGCAGAUUGUUGGGUGGUCGGCAAGAAGUCAGAUCAAAGGGAAAUGGUGGUUGUUAUAAACCAGAAAAAUCUAAACCUUAUUGAAGUGAAUGAUGAAGUGAAGAAGUUGUGUAGCCUUAAUUUCAACAGUAUAUUCUUCCAAGACUGAUGUAAGAGAUAGGAUGAAUAUUGACAACUGUGAUAAAAACAAUAAUUUGACACUCCGUAAUCAUGGAGGAGAACAUAGGGCAAACCAGGCAAUCUGGUGUCAUGAAUAUUGAUUUUAUGUUGAUAUGCCAGUGGUAAAAAUUGAUUGAUUUAGUAUCCAUGGAACACAUUAGAUAAGAUUAUUAUUUCUUAAAAUCAUAAUGUGUUGUAAAUCUGAAAGAAUGGUAUUUCAUGCAUAUUUUUAAAGAUUAUUGCUUUUUUUAUGAGUUAAAACACAUAUAUGUUGAUAACACUACAUAUCAAAAAAGGAAAUGUGACCGGGGAAUAUGAAAGAAUUAUAAUUCAAGUAUUGUUAUGGUCAGUAAGUCUGUGUAAUGAAAAGGAAAAGUGUUUUUGGGCAAUCAUUCAGUACAAAGAGAAACAAAAAGACAUAAAUUGAAACCAUAUCACAUUAAGUAUGUGAUUUAAUUUGUAAUGGAUAAAUGGAUGAUUAAGUUUAUGGGUAAUUAUAGUGGUUUAUUAACAAAAAAUACUGUAUAAUUUUGAUUAUAUCACAAUAUUUUCAGAAGUGUUAUUAUGCAGUUGUAAAUGCCUGUUUAAUGAGUAUCCUCCAAAGACUGUCUGCUGUUAGUGGGGUAUUGGGGGAGAGGAGGGGGGCUGGGAAUGGGUUCACAGAUUUUGGUAACAGUUUACUAACAGUAUUGUUUUUUUGUUGCUGUGUCCAUCCCCAAAUGAAGAAAUCUUGUUUGUUUUGGAUGAUUAAGUGAUGUAUUUGUACUCCAUUAAUACAUUAUCAGGAUAUAAAUUCAUUAUGUAAUGGCUAUGAAUCAUGUGCAAUAAAAUGUUUUGUAAUUCAUGUGUACGAAAUAGAAAAAUAAACAUUUAUUUUAUA